CUCUGCGCCAUGAGGCGGAGGCUUAUAGGACCCACUUACCGAGGUACCGCACAAGGACGGAACACGCCGCUCGUAGUAAAGAUAGAAAAAUAAAGCCGUAACAUUUUUACAGAGCAGCAGCCGCCGACAGCGACAAUGAACGGGCAGAUUAAUGGUUUCCACAACUCCCUCAUUGACGAGGACUGCUUCUUGUUCACCUCCGAGUCGGUCGGGGAAGGACACCCCGACAAGAUCUGCGAUCAGAUCAGUGAUGCAGUUUUGGAUGCUCAUCUCAAGCAGGAUCCCGAUGCCAAAGUUGCAUGUGAGACUGUUGCGAAGACCGGCAUGAUCCUGUUGGCCGGUGAGGUGACCUCUCGUGCCAUAGUGGACUAUCAAAAAGUUGUUCGGGACACCAUCCGUCAAAUUGGAUAUGAUGACUCGUCCAAAGGCUUUGACUAUAAGACCUGUAAUGUUCUUGUGGCCUUGGAGCAGCAGUCUCCAGACAUCGCUCAGGGUGUUCACGUUGACCGCAACGAGGAGGAUAUUGGCGCAGGGGAUCAGGGCUUGAUGUUUGGCUAUGCCACUGAUGAGACUGAGGAGAGCAUGCCUCUCACAAUUGUCCUUGCCCACAAACUAAAUUCUAAGAUGGCAGAGUUGCGUCGCAACGGCACCCUUCCUUGGCUCCGGCCAGACUCAAAGACACAGGUCACUGUCCAGUACCGCCAGGACCGGGGGGCCAUGCUUCCAGUCCGUGUACACACAAUUGUAGUCUCUGUGCAGCAUGAUGAGGAUAUUUGCUUGGAGGAAAUGAGAGACACUCUGAAGGAGAAGGUCGUCAAGGCUGUUGUUCCGUGCAUCUAUUUGGACGAUGACACCAUUUACCACCUGCAGCCCAGUGGGCGAUUUGUUAUUGGAGGCCCACAGGGCGACGCUGGUCUGACUGGGCGUAAGAUUAUUGUUGACACCUACGGCGGCUGGGGAGCCCACGGCGGUGGAGCCUUCUCUGGGAAGGAUUACACAAAGGUGGACCGCUCUGCUGCUUACGCUGCGCGGUGGGUGGCAAAGUCGCUGGUGAAGGCUGAGCUUUGCAGGAGAGUGUUGGUCCAGGUUUCCUAUGCAAUUGGAGUUGCCCAUCCACUUUCCAUUUCCAUCUUCCAUUACGGGACCUCAAACAAGAGUGAAAGGGAGCUGCUGGACAUUGUUAAGAGGAACUUUGACCUCCGUCCUGGAGUCAUUGUCAGGGAGCUGGAUCUGAAGAAGCCCUUGUAUCAGAGGACCGCAGCCUAUGGCCACUUUGGCCGAGACGCCUUCCCAUGGGAGGUGCCCAAAAAGCUCAAAUACUAAACAUGUUAAGCUUUUUCCCCCCAGGCCUGUUGGUGUAUACUACAGAGAAGCCUCCAAGGUUCCGGGGGUGAAAUGCACUCAUAGUAAUGGUUUCCAUAACACUGACUCCCUCUGUCACUCCAUCUCCCUCCCUGUCUUCUUGCUGUUUUCCGCUGGUUGCAGUAUCGUAGUGGGUCGUGGCAGGCACGGCUCAGAAACUCUAUGUUUAAAGAAAUGGAUGAAGUAAUGAACCAUAACUUCUCCCGCGUCUUUGGGUUCCACUGGUUCCUGGUGUGAUAGACCUGAAUAGCUGCUUUGAGUCUGUCUCCUUUCGGCAUUCCACACCAGUCUAUUUUGGUUGGUGUUCUUGCAAACUUGUAUUUGGCUUUAAGAGUCACUCACUUUAAUUCACUGGUGCUGUUUUAAGUCCUUUUAGAUAAUCAUUUGAUUUGGGGGGGGUUCUCUGAUCUGGCACCUUACCGAACAGUUUAGUGUCGAUCUAAACAUUCCUCCUUCAUUCAAUCUAGUACGAUGCUUUGCUGACCCAGUCUCCGUUCUUGAGCCUUUUUUGUUCGCUUUACUUUUGCAUCUUUGUGGAGGAUGCUGUGCAUUGCAGGCUAACCCCAAACCAAAUCCUAAUUCUUAAAGCUUACAGAUUAUCAAUGCUCCGACGCCCCCCUACAGACCGUUGCUGUUUUCUGACGUAAUACAGAAAAGUCAGAAGCUGCUAUGUCACUGGUCUGCAGAGGUUUUUGUUAUACUUGAAAAUAAUUGGAUUUUUAUGCAUUUGAAAUUCCAUUUUUAAAAUGAGUCUUUUAAAAUGUAGUUUCACUUUUGUUUGAAGUGACAAACUGGCCUUUCCCUCCCUACGUGUAUGGAUGGCAGGUGUAGCUACAGAGAAACCUGGUCACUCCAUCCUUAGUGGAGUGUUUGUUGCCACAGAGUCUUAUUGGCUUGAAGUCCGGCCUCAACACUAUUUAUUUGUUCUGAGACGCAGCGUGGAUACAGAGAAGCUGUGGUUUCAGAAGGCAGCUUUAAACAUGUCUAUUGAAUCUAAUUCCUUUUUGACUUGAUCAUUUUUUUUCAGUGUUUUUGGCUUGAGGCGCCAGAGUGUUGUACAGAAAAGCUUUGGGCCGCCUCAACUCAAAAUGUUCACUGGCUACUGUUAAUGACAUUUUAUGAACUUUUGGACUACAGAUCUUAUUUUUAAGUGGGUUGGUUUUUAAAUCCGGUUAAAAUGUCUGGCGCAAUUCUUUAGCUCUUACUUAUCCUCGACGCAAUGGCAACAUCCGGUUGGUGUUGUACAGAGAAACCAGCCUUGUUUACGCAGCCAUGUCAUCUGUAGGAUAGGUUUAGAGUUCUGGGUUUUGUUCCCUUCAUCUCUGAAGCCCCCCCCCCCGUUGGCUACCGUAAGUGUAGGAGUGCCUUUUCUAUUUCCUCUACUCCCCAUCUGCUUUCCUACCAACAUGCGCUCAACUUCCACAGGAACAUGUAGCUCAUACUGUCUUGCUCUUCAUGUCUAGACUGGGUGGUUUCUUUAUGCUCUGUAAUAAACAACUACUCCUUUAAAA